AAUUUGCAGCGCUCCACAACAAGAAUUCGCGUGGUUUUUUAUUUUUGCGGAAGUCGAUUUUUGCCGUUCGACUACUGAAACCUAGCACCUACGAUGGAAGACGUUCUUGGUGAACUGCAUCCUCGAAUGGAGAUUCGGUUCGAGCGUUUAUCCGUCUCAGCCGACAUUAUCGUGAAAGAUGAAACGCAGCUCAAGGCGGAGCUCCCAACGCUUUCGAAUGUAAUCAAGACCGAAGUGAUGCGCAUGACUGCAUCGAAACGCGUUGUCACGAAACAAAUAUUGCGAAGCAUGAGUGGAGUGUUGAGGCCUGGGACGAUGACUCUUGUUCUUGGACAACCUGGGUCUGGCAAGUCGGCGCUCAUGAAGAUUUUGAGUGGGCGCUUUCCAGUGAAGAGUAACAUUACGGUGGAAGGGCAAGUGACGUACAAUGAUUCACCUCAACUUGAACUCCGCGCGAAGCUGCCACAGUUCGUGUCGUACGUGGAUCAGCGCGACAGACACUACCCGACGCUGACGGUUAAGGAGACGCUUCAGUUUGCAUACGAGUGUAGUGGUGAAGAGCUAUCCAAACGAGAUAUGGCUGGUAUACUCGAUACCUCUCGGGCUAUUCAGCAACUUGGUCUUGAGAAUUGUCAAAACACGGUGUUGGGCGAUACAAUGCUGCGUGGUGUAUCGGGUGGUGAACGGAAGCGUGUGACAACAGGCGAGAUGACAUUUGGUAGCAAACCAGUGCUCAUGAUGGACGAGAUCAGCACGGGGUUAGACAGCGCUGCAACUUUUGACAUCGUCUCAUCACAACAAAAGCUGGCUAAAUCCUUCGGCAAGACGGUGGUGAUUUCGUUGCUCCAACCAUCUCCCGAGGUGUUUGAGUUGUUCGACGAUGUGCUUUUGCUGAAUGAUGGGUAUGUGCUGUAUCAUGGUCCUCGAUCGCAAGUGAUGAAUUAUUUCGAGGGCCUAGGCUUCAAGCGUCCUCCAAGUCGUGAUGUGGCAGAUUUCCUGAUGGAUUUGGGAACAGUCAAACAGCAUCAGUACGAGGUGGAGGUAGCUCCGAGGAAACCAAGCGAAUUUGCGGGUCAUUUUGAACGCUCUUUUAUUUACGCGCACAUGCUGGAUACAUUGCGUGCUCCUUUGAACUCUUCACUCUUGGAAGGUAGCAAAGAGUAUAUCGCAACAAUUCCGGAAUUUAACCAAGGUUUCUGGAGCAAUACCUCGACACUUAUAAAGCGCCAGCUAAAGGUGUUUUCUCGUGAUCGAACGCUGAUCAGCAGUCGAGUCUUCAUGUCAUUUUUGCUGGGUCUACUCAAUGCGAGUUCGUUUUUCCAGUUCGAUGAAGUGGACGCACAGCUUGUCAUGGGAAUCGCAUACGUGGUCGUCGGCUUUGUAAUGAUCGGCCAAUCCGCUCAAGUGCCAGCGUUUGUGGCUAUCCGAGAUGUGUUUAAGAAACAGCGCCGAGCCAACUUCUUCCGUACAUCGGCGUUUGUAUUGGCAACUUCGACAAGUCAAAUCCCUUUAGCAGUGAUCGAAACAUUGAUUUUUGGCUCCAUCAUGUACUGGAUGUGCGGUUUUGUCUCGACAGUUCAAGGCUUUGUGGUCUUCGAGCUUGUUUUAUUCCUCUCCAGUAUGGUAUUCGGUGCGUGGUUCUUCUUCUUAGCAGUAGUGUGCCCUGAUUUGAACGUGGCCAACGCAAUCGCGAUGCUGUCAGACUUGUUAUUCACAAUCUACUCGGGCUUUGCGAUAACCAAAGGAGAAAUUCCUUCCUAUUUGCUCUGGAUCUACUGGAUCAGCCCGUUAACAUGGGGGAUUCGAGCGGUGGCUGUGAAUCAGUACACAAAUUCUUCGUUUGACGUGUGCAUUUACCGAGACGUGGACUACUGUGAAAAAUACGACAUGACAAUGGGGGCGUACUCGUUGAGUUCAUUUGACGUACAGACCGAGAGAUACUGGUUAUGGUUGGGUAUAUUCGUGUUGAUAGCGAUCUACGUAGUCUUCAUGAUCAUGACGUGGAUUGUCCUGGAAUACUAUUGCUACGAGAACGCACCCAACGCGACGUUAGAAGCGGAGAACAAAGUCACAGUGGAUAAUCUUGUGCAAACAAAACAAGGCUAUAAUCUCAUAGAAACACCGAGGAGCGCAGACGUACGAGUUGAGGUUGAUGAAUCAGCGAAACGACCACAGUUAAUUCCAGUGACUCUGGCGUUCAAGGAUUUGUGGUAUUCAGUUCCAGGCCCGGAAAAUGCCAAGGCCAGUAUCAAUCUGCUGAAAGGUAUUAGCGGAUUCGCUUUGCCUGGUACCAUCACGGCACUUAUGGGAUCGUCGGGUGCUGGUAAGACUACGCUAAUGGACGUCAUUGCUGGAAGAAAAACCGGUGGUACGAUUCGUGGAGAGGUUUUACUUAACGGAUACCCUGCCACAGAACUUGCAAUCCGUCGAGCAACAGGGUAUUGCGAGCAGGUGGAUAUUCACUCGGACGCGUCGACAUUCCGGGAAGCACUGACGUUUAGUGCAUUCCUUCGUCAGGAUGCCGCAGUAUCUGACAUCGAGAAGUACAACACGGUCAAUGAAUGUCUCGAUCUGCUGGACUUGCACUCGAUCGCGGACCAGAUAAUUCGCAACAGCUCAGCAGAACAGAUGAAGCGACUUACUAUCGGUGUGGAGCUAGCUGCACAGCCCAGCGUCUUGUUUCUCGAUGAACCGACAAGUGGUUUAGAUGCUCGUUCUGCCAAGCUCAUUAUGGAUGGUGUACGCAAAGUCGCAGACACAGGACGCACCGUCAUUUGCACCAUCCACCAGCCAUCCGCAGAAGUCUUUUGUGUGUUUGACAGACUGUUGUUGCUUAAACGCGGUGGCGAGACGGUGUUUUUUGGAGAUUUGGGCGAGAACGCUUCGACUCUGAUCGAUUAUUUUGAAACGAUCGAUGGUGUGCCGAAGCUGGCAAAGGACUAUAACCCUGCUACGUGGAUGUUGGAGGUGAUCGGCGCUGGAGUGGGUAAAUGCGAUGAUAAGUUCGAUUUUGUGUCCUGCUUCAAGAACAGCGAGCACUUCUAUCUGCUUCAAGACUACUUUAGCGUCUCGAAAUCGUCACUCCAGCCCCUAACAUUCACGAGAAAACGUGCUGCUAGUAACGUGACUCAAGCAAAAUUCCUGCUCAACCGCUUCUUCGAUCUGUACUGGCAGACUCCAUCGUACAACUUGACGCGGUUCAUCGUUUCGAUUAUCAUCGGUGUAGCCUUUGGAAUAACGUUCAUUGACGCAGAGUAUUCCUCAUACCAGGGCAUCAAUUCUGGCUUGGGUACAGCUUACAUGACGACGUCCUUCAUCACGUACAUCACGUUCAACGCGGUUCUACCGAUCACCUAUCGAGAGAGAGCUUCAUAUUACCGUGAACGAUCUUCCGAGAUGUACAAUGCGUUUUGGUAUUUCAUGGGAUCAACGAUCGUGGAGAUUCCGUAUUGUUUCGGGGCAAGUUUUAUCUUCUUGGUAAUUUACUUUCCUCUAGUCCGCUUUUCGGGAGUUGUGGAGUUCUUCUCGUACUGGCUCAACCUGUCGAUGCUGGUGCUAGUACAAGCAUAUUUUGGACAGUUACUAGCGUAUUCUCUCCCUAGUAUCGAGGUGGCAUCGGUCUUCACGGUCUUAAUUGGAUCCAUCUGCACUUUGUUCACGGGUUUCAACCCCCCGGCCAGCUCAAUUCCUCAAGGUUACCAAUGGUUACACCACUUUGUCCCGCACAAACGCACCUUUGCCAGUCUAUCGGCUAUUGUCUUCAGUGACUGCGCGAAAAUUGGCUGUCAAGAGAUAUCAAACGCACCACCAAGCUUAGCAGCAGGAACCACUGUGAGAGAGUACUUGGACGGGGUAUUUGAGGUGAAGCACAGCGAUAUCUGGUGCAACUUCGCUGUCGUGGUUGUCUGGGCUGUUGGUCUUCGACUUCUAGCUCUUGUAGCUCUCCGUUAUAUAAACUACCACAAGCGCUAGGCCUUACUUGAGAAACUCCCGACCAAAACAAAUAGCAGAACUACUACGUGUACCGCGAAGUAUUACGCGGAGUAUUUUCAGUGUCAAGACAUCGUGCUGACUCCGCUAAGUGUCGGCAGGACGGCUACACGCCGACAGGGUUGUUGGUAUUAGUGUGGUAAGCGGUAUAAGCCUGCAGACGAUUUACAGGAACUGGAAUGCCAACAUACUUGCGACAUAAUUCGGCUUAAACUUCAUGUGCGCCCAUUCCCUG